GCGAGUUGUGGUCACUCAACUCGUCACGGUAGAUGAUGUUACCUCUCCGUGGUAAUCCAGACCACGGCAGGUUUACAUAUUUCUAUUGAAUCCGUGGAAUACUAUGAGUUUAUCAAUACAAGUGUUGUAAACUUUGACUGGAAUUCAUGGAAGAUAGCACACCGUCUGUGAGACGGAGAAUACGCCGAGUACGGACAAGCUAUAACGUUUUUGACCGUUUCAUUCCGUACCGUCCAUGUUUAAAUGCAGACGCAUCCUAUGCCAAAAUUUUGGCACACAGGGAUGGGACUGAUACGUUCAAACAGCCGGCCCAACACCAAGACCCUCGGUCACGAUACUACAGGAAGCUGCUGGAUGCUGUUUUCAAGAAAAGUGACCGUCGGAUAUUGGCGACCGCACAGCGACCCGAUUCCGGAUACUCAAGUCCGAUGUCUCCGAACCGCCCCUUUUUUAACGCCCAAAUGGAUGACUUGUUUGCCACGCCCCCUAGACGGAAGAGAAGACACGUACCCAAAUCUCCGAUCUGCGUCAUGGAUCUCCCCAAGUUACGGAACAAUUUCUUUACGAACAACUUGGAUUGGGGCAAGACAAACAAAAUUGCUGUUGCACUUAACCUGACGACGUAUGUUUGGGACGCCCAAUCUAAGGUCUGUCAAAAAAUCCAGCUGACCACUUCUCGUCCGGACCACGAUUACAUCUCUUGCCUCGCCUGGGACCCCGAGGGGACACAACUCGUCAUAGCCGACAAUCUCGGCGAUAUUACGGUUUGUGACCCCGAAUGUUCAGUUAUCAACCACCAGACUCACCUGAAGGAACGGACACCUGUCAACAUCGUCCGCUGGACUGAACAGGGGAUAUACAGUGGAGACCGCCAUGGGACGGUAUACAAACACGACCCGAGGGUAAGGACGGCAGUAGCCCGACUCGGGGGCCAUGACGUGAUGGUGUGUGGACUGUCCCAGGGACCAGGUACUCCCUACUUGGCCAGUGGGGGUGGGGACGGACUUGUGUGUAUUUGGGAUGUUCGAUCGUCGAAGGUAUACAGAAGGAUUCAAGCUCACACGCUAUUAGCAAAGGCGUUGGCAUGGUGUCCAUGGCGGAAGAACGUGCUCGCUUCCGGUGGUGGGUGUGAUGACGGCAACAUCCGCUUAUGGAACAUCCACACCGGGAAUAUGGUGGGAGAAAUCUCAACCCAGUCACAGAUCUGUGGUAUGCUGUGGUCGGAGGAGUACCAUGAACUUGUGUCCAGUCACGGACUGACAAAAGUCGAGGGAAAUGAGACUAAUGACCUGAUCUUGUGGGAAGAAAAGGACUUCUGUUUUGAGCCGGUUGCUAAACUCCAGCAGCACGUCGGCCGUCCUUUACAUCUGGCCAUGAGUCCAGACAAAACACACAUAGCCUCUGUGGGUGCGGACGAACACAUCUGUCUUUGGUAUUGCUUUCCCGCCUCCUCUAAGGACGACCAGACACCCACCAAUGUGGUUUCUCCUGUAACACUGGAUGGACAUAUCAGAUAGGAUAACGUUAUUGAUCAUACACGGAGACCACACGUUUCAGCUGGAAACGGAUACAUCGCGUAAACGUAGCACGUGCAGGUGGUAAGAGACUGAACACUCAAAUCGACAGAGUUUUAUUUCAAUAACAAAUAUCUGCCAUGUUCUGAUUAUAAGAAGAAAUCUGUCUUCAUCUGAUAGGUUGUACUAGUUCAUGUCUCUUAUACCGUUUACAUCUGUUGUUACCUCCACGUGACGUCAUGUUAUUGUUUACGAUACUUUAUUUUAUUAUUAACCUGACGUUGUGUUAUUCAAGUCAACUGAUGCCUAAUGGUACUGUGAUGACGUCAUUCUAGCUCGACUUUUCCAAGAUUGUGUAGUCAAUCCAGCGCCAGCGUAGGCGUUACUAGGUUUAAAGUUUUUUUUAUAGAAUGAUUGAUGUAAUAUGCAGUAGCUGAACUAGCUAUUAUUUAGCAUAAAAUGGUUCCCUAGGGGUCCAACAUUGAUGUAACGCAGUGAAAAAAAUGUCUUGUUUUUAUCUUAAAUAUUUUGCCAAAGGUAAACGUUUUUGCGUUACGGUAAGUGUUGACAUUCGUCAAUAUAACAUUCACUAUUUGUACUGGGAUAUCGAUAUUUAGCUUUAAAGUUUUCAGCGGGUCCAGCAUUGAUGUAGUGCUUUCUAAACAGGGAACGGUGAUUGUAUCUAUUUCUUUUUAUUUCGUUAGAUAUAACUGUUUUUUCUAAUUUUCUUCGAAUAGGCGAGCUAAGCUGUCCUCCAAAAGCACUUUUAUUGUUAACUUGGCUCUGCAUUGUUUUUUUCUGUGGUUGUAGAAUAAUUUCUCUGGUACAUAAAUGUCCCAAUGACGUCAUUAAGGUCGUAAGCUAUGAAUGACCUUGGAAGAAGUUGACCUUGUUUUGAAUGACUGAGUCUGAGUGAUGAUUAAAGUAUUGAAAAUAUAACCUCAUAUAUGAAUGUGCACAUUAAAAUGAAAUUGAAUACUAGUACUUAAAAUUUUGCAGACUUGAUACAUACAUGCGUUAUAUAUUCUAUAAGCAUCUUGAACGUUUUGUUACUUCGUGUUAUCAUUAUGUUUUGUGAGUAUUCGUGUUGGCUUAUAUCCCCACAAAACUGCAAUUAUUUUGUUAUAUAAAAAAGAGACUGA